AUGGAGGAGGAAAAACGCUUCGAAUACGAGCUUACAACGUCGACCAAAGUGGCUCAAUUAUAUUUAAAUCCAGCGACUGUUCUGGCCAUGGCAGACAGGGAAAAGGGGUAUUUGUCCACAAGCGUAACCGUUAGAGAUUUGGUACAGAACGAUAUAACACGGUUAGUCGAACUGAAGGAAGUGGAGUCAAAAGUUAAAACACUUGCCAAAUCGGGGGAAGUUCUAGCAUGCAAGUUGCAUGUUACCGGGGGACCAGAUUCAGCUACUGGUUUUUCUCAUUAUAAUCAGGAUGGAAUCCUUGGUCAGGAUGAUUCGCUACUAUCAGAGCAUUACAUGUCGUUGCUUCUCGUUGCGGAGAAUGGAGAUGAAAUUUGGCGCAACCCCAACCCACAAUCGGACACUUUCUGUCGCCCUCGUUCGUUAAACUGGACAAAGGAGACUGACAAGCUAUCGAAACAUAUGUUUGAUCAGUUUUUCAGGGAAAUUGAUGAAAUGAACGAGAACCCUCUUGAUGUACAGAUCAGCGGCAUCACAAUGAAAAUUAUGGUUUCUGGGAUGUAUACGCUAAUCGAUGGUAAAGUGGCGAAUGCUAUCGUUAAUAAUCGUAACACACAUGCAUGCCCUUUGUGUGUUGAAGAUGCAGAUCCACGUGUUGGACCGUCCUUUUUUCAUUCAAGACUAAAUAUGGUGGAGUGGUUGAUCAGAUAUGCUGGUAAAAAUAAAGUUGAGGGGCACCCUGCUUUAUCCCAUCCCGAUGUCAAAGCCGCUUGUCGAAAAAUAGCGGAUGAACUAGAGCAUUUCUUCAAACUUCAUGUAAAUCGACCUAAGAUUGGCGGUAGCGGAAGUAGCAACAAUGGAAAUAUGGCGCGGAGGUUGUUGGCCGACCCAGGAAACUUUUCCAGAAUUCUUGGAGUUAGAAAAGACCUUGUAGAAAACUUGCGGCUCAUCAGCAGCUUGGCUCUUUCUUCAAACCACCUGGAUUCGAAGAAGGUUGCGGAACUAUUCAAAACUAUCAUGAAGCAGUUGGACAGAGAGUUUCCGGAUGCUAGACAAAUACCACCGUGCAUCCAUAAAUAUAAACACCUGAGUGAAAUGGUGAAGCGACUACCAUAUACAAUGAAUUUCGUGGAUGAACAAGCUGGUGAGAGAUGCCAUAAACGGUAUAAAUUCACUCGGCCGCAUUUGGCCAGAAAGACGUCUCCAGAAGACAGUAUCAAUGACAUGAUGAAAACCGCUCUGGCAUGGUCCGACGUGAAAUUUGCACACCUAGAUGCAAAGAACACCAGGAAGUUACGUGUAGAUGAUGAAGAUUUUAACCAAAAACUGGCCUCGUUUUAUGCAUCCAAUGAAUAUGAUGGAGAUUACGAAGAAAUUCCGGUGAUUUCAGCGUCAGAUGAUGACAUGUCGUCCGAUUAUGAAGAUAAUGUUUCAACUGACAGCGACGAUGAGGAGUAG